AUGGGUAAUAUUGAAGGAACCAUUAACAACAAUGUCAUUGAUUCCUCUAAUUCAAUGUUCCUCCAUCCCUCUGAUAUACCUGGAAUUUCCUUAGUCCACACACCGUUCUCUGAUACUGGUUUUGGUGGGUGGAAAACAUGUGUCAUUGUGUCCUUAUCUGCUAGAAAUAAAAUUGGUUUCGUAGAUGGUACUUGUCCCAAACCUGCUGAAAAUUCACCACAUAUUAAACAAUGGAACAGAUGUAAUAAUAAGAUCAUCUCUUGGUUGACCAGUUCACUUUCUCCAGAAAUUGCUGAGAGUGUUCAAUACUCAGAAACUGCUGAAAGUAUUUGGGAACAGUUAAAUAAAAUAUAUAGGGCAGUUAAUGGGACCAAAGUUUUUGAGAUAAAGAAAGAGCUUGCUUCCACUAUGCAAGGAGCUCUUGACAUAAGUUCUUAUUUCAAAAAACUUAAUUUAUGGGAUGAACUAAGGGUAAUGCGCAGUAAUAAGGUAAAUGCUUGUGCAUGUCCUAUUAAAGUUGAACUUCUGAAAGAGGAAGAAGAGGAUAGAGUCCACCAGUUUCUUAUAGGUCUAAAUGACAUAUAUGUUGAGGUUAAGAGUAAUAUUCUGAUGAUCCAACCAAUUCCAUCACUUGAUAGCACCUAG